AUGCCGCCAGCCAACACGACGCUCCAGACCAUGGGCAUGGACGUGGUGAACGCGAAGUACCUGUGCUUGCGGCCCACGAAGGAGGCGAUCAUCGCGCGCUACAUGCUGAAGCACGGCAACGCCGCCUCGGCAUCGCCCGCCCACAAGGCCAAAGAAGCAGCCGAGAUGCCUUCCCUCUCCACGUUUGGCCUCACGACGCUGCUGCUCGGUGGCGCUUUUUCCAAGGAGUGCGUAAUCAAAGACGUCGGGAGGAGGCUGCCAUGGGCACCGGGCUGGUCGUUCAAGCUCAAGGAUUGCACCGUGCUCUCCCUGAGCGACGCUGGCCUUGGUGACUCCGGAGUCAAGGUGCUUGCUACAUCACUGGCCGAUGCUCCGAGCGUCCUGGAGCUGAGCCUGAUUAACAACGGAAUCGGCGACGAGGGCUGCGUCGCCCUCGCCGACGCGCUCUCCUCGCCUGGCUCGGGGCUGGCGACGCUCUACCUCGAGAACAACGCGAUCGGAGACCGCGGCGCCAUUGCCCUCGGCGCUGCGCUCGAGCGAAACACCGCCCUGGAGACGCUGGGGCUACUCGGCAACGAGCUGACCGGCAAUGGCCGUGCGGCGCUGCAAAAGGCCGGCUUCGCCGGCUCCGGGCUGUCCCUGCCCGGCGCGGAGGACGAGUACCAGCGCCUGGGCAGCAACGGCCCAGCGCGCUGCUCCGACGACAGCCGCGGCGUGUGUGCCGCCGCGCCCUCUCUUGCCUCCCGCGUCUGCCGCGCGACUUGCGGCGUGUGCGACGGCUACGGUGUGCCGCCCGAGGAGGCGAGGCGUAGCGCCGUGCCCGUCGCGUGCCCGGCUGCGUCUGCCCCACCCAGUGGCUGCGUCUCCCACCCACACUCGGCGGAUUGA